ACAUAGGCAUAAACAUAGCUACCAAGAAAUUUACACCGAUCUGUAUAUUGGUGAGCGUUCAAAAGAGAUCUUGCGACUGAUAAAACAGCAUUUUUAGUAGCAUCAUGGGAUGUUGUAACAGUAAAACAGUUUCUGAUAAAUAUAAAAGCCGUGAAAUUAAACACAAUGAGAAAGGAAAAUCCGAGUUUGGAGAGAUUGACGACUUCGCUAGAAAGGCUCCCGAAGAACUAAAAACUUCUGCUGAGGCACUUGUGCAAUACAUGCUGUCGAAAACAAAAGACCACAGACAGCUUGUUCGAGGAUUUUUCGUCUGGAUCGCAGAAAAUAUUAGGUAUGACAUCGAAGGUUUACUUGGACAAAGACCACGUGCACCAACUGACGUUUCAUCCGUCAUGAAAAAUGGACUGAGCGUCUGCGAAGGUUACGCAAGUGUUAUGGAAACUGUGUGUAGAUCUGCAGGCAUAGAAGUAAAGAAACUAUCAGGGUUUUCAAAGGGACUUGGGUAUAGUACUGAUAAGAAGAUAACGACUUCAUCAGCGACAGACCAUGCCUGGAAUGCCGUUCGUCUUGAUGGGAAGUGGUUCUUAUUGGACAGCACAUGGGGAGCUGGUUAUUCGGACGGGCAGACAUUUAUUAAAGCGUUCGAUGAAUUCUACUUUUUGACCGACCCGGUCAUGUUUGUUAACGAUCAUUUUCCCUACAUGAAUCAUAAUAUGUCUGAAAGCAUGAAAUGGCAACUACUGAAGAACCCAAUCUCGCUUGAGCAUUUCAACAACAAUGUUCAGCUCAAAUCACAUGCCUUUGUUUUAAAUGUGACACCUGUAAGUCACAAACGUGGACAUAUUGUAAUGAAUGAUGAAAUACAGCUGAUAUUUAAAAGCCAAAAUAUUCUGCGGUUCAGCGCAAGACUGUCGCAUUUUGAUGGAAACUCUUUCCGCGAAAUGCUCAAUUCAACAUUUGCAAAUAGUAAGAGUGGAGUGAGUUUUAUUACGGUUCAUCCACGUAUUGUCGGAAAAUAUAGACUCGACAUUUUUGCACAACACCGUACCGACGAAGGGCGGUUACAUCAAGUUGCUGUUUAUAGCAUUCAAUGUGAUAGUGUCAAGGACUCGACGUUUGAAUUUCCAAAGGUUUUCAAAUCCGACUACACUGAUGAGUGUCAGAUUAUCCAACCCAAGAACGCUCGACUUCUGGCUAACAGUGAAGUCGUAUUUGAAAUAAAUGCUCCACAUUUAAAUUCAAUCAGUGUUAACGAUGAAAUGUUGCAAGGAAAGGGAGGAAAAUUCCGUGGUACAAUUAAAACACAUAAAGAGGGUGUAUCAUACACUGUGAACGCGGUAUUUCGCGAAGGUUCUACUACACAUUUUCGUGGAAUGUUUCAGUUUUACACAUGUUAGUGAUUGAACAUGUGGUAGGGUGCACUGUGUGAACAGUGUGUGCAAAUUAAAGACACCAUUUUACGUUUUGAUAUGUAUUUGUAUUUUAUGGCAGUGUAAUGCUGCAGUGUUUAUAUGUAUUUAUAUGUACACGAUGAUUUGUGAGAACAUUUGUUCAUCAUUUAAAUAAUUAUUAAUCCGUAGUGACAUAUGAUGUCGAUAUUGAGAUUGACAAUACACACCAUGCAUGCUAUUAAAAAAUUUGCAUUCUGCAUACAAUACGUAUAUGUACUGCGGUUCAA